UCCCCCAACAACCACCACCACAACCACCAUUCCCCCAACAACUACCACCACAACCACCAUUCCCCCGACUACCACCACAACCACCAUUCCCCCAACGACUACCACCACAACCACCAUUCCCCCAACGACUACCACCGCUACAACCACCAUUCCCGCAACGACCACCGCUACAACCACCAUUCCCCCAACGACCACCGCUACAACCACUUUCCCCCCAACGACCACCACUACAACCACCAUUCCCCCAACAACCACCACACUAACUACAACCACUAUUCCCCCAACUACCACUACCAUUCCCCCAACGACCACCACUACAACCACCAUU